CUUGGUUUGAAAGAAUUAACUGCUAUAUUAUCACCCAUAUGGAAUGCAAUGACUGAUGAUGAAAAAAAUAAAUACAAAGUUCUUGCUGAUGAAUUUAAUUCUACUCAAUUAAAAAAACAGCCGUUGAAACAAAUUAGGGAUCUGCAGGAUAAUAGUCAUGAUUUUUGGAACAUGCAGAAAUAUUUAACCGAGAUGUUUGAAUGUAUAUCUAACAAUGAAGAAUUAUUUAAGAAAAAGUUUAUUUUGUUGCACAUAAAUUGUCAUACCGAAAAUAUAGAACAGUAUUAUUUUCCUGCUGAAAUAGCAGCAUUAGAAUUUAGUUUAAUAGAUGGUAUAUAUCGCACAUAUCAUCAGGUUAUUGGUAUUUCUAAAAUUUACCCAAGAGGUUUUGCUGGAAGUAUGAAACAAUUUUCCGACCGUUUUCAUCGUAUUGUAUGUUUUGAUGAACACCCGGAUGAUUAUCAACAAAUAUUAUUGGAAUUUUCAACAUUUUUAAAGGAUGGAAUAAUCAAUCAUGAAGAUUUAAAAGAGGGCACAUUGGACUUACCAUAUUUAUUCACUAUAGAAUCAGAAGUUGGUACGAAUAUGAUGCACACUAAAAAUAGCUUGGAAAGACUAUACUCCACAGUUUACCCAAGAGUUGAUGAUGAACGUUGUAAGUCAAUAUUCAAAAUAGGAAAUGUUGAGGGAUUAUUUUUGGAAAUAAAAAAAAAAAUAAAUCUUAACAUGAAUAUACAAAAUUUAAUAUCAGAAAACUCAGUUCUUGACAUUUUAGAAUCUGAUAUGUAUGGUUAUGGUCUGGGUUGUCAGUACCACGAGUGUAGAGAAAUUUCAUACAAGUGUUCCAAAGCUCGUGUUAUUCAAUGGAUGUCAAAUAUCUGUAAGCAUAUAUGUGAGAAUACUGGUAUAACCCUUAAUCCUGGUAGACACACAGCAGUUGAAUUAAGAAAUGGUUCAAAAUUGAUAAUUGAAAAUGCACAUUUGCCGCUGUCAAAAGAAGAUCUAAAUAUUUGUUAAAUAGACACAACUAUUUCCAUGGAUGAUAUAUUGCUUUACUGAAAAAAAAAUCAUCUAUUCUUACACAAACACAACUAGGACCAAUUACUCCAUCUAUUGGUGUGGUGCCAUUAUUAGCUACAUAGGUAGUGAAGAUGGGUACUGUAGAAGAUGAAGCCCAUUAUGAUUCUAAGUUUUUGGAAUCUAGUGCUGAUGAGGAUGGUUAUGUCUCAGGACUAGAAUUCCUAUAUUACUACAAGAGUCUGUGAUAUUAAUAGACACAGUAAGUUGUAUAAGGAGCAGUUUAGUCCUGCAGUGUAGUUAGCAGAAAGUAAACUCAAAAUGGGAUUGAUCCACCAGAUACACUUUCCGCUGUAAUAAUACCUCCUAGCAACAGAACUUUAAUUUCUUAAAAAACAUGUUUAAUACUUAGAGAUAAUAUAUUAACUGUACAUUUAUUUUAUAUUAUUAUCUCUUUUUAAAUUAAGGAAUUGCUAUACUAGCAGAAUUAUUGAUUUUUUUUCUUUUACAUUCCCCUAUUGUAUUCUUAUAUAUGGCUACAACUAUGCAUCCAUGCUAUAAAUAACCUUUUUUUAUAGUAAAUCGUAAAAAUACUGUUAGUGUUAAGCUAAAUUAUUUGUAUUAGAACACCAAAUACAAACUUUUAUAAACAA